GUCUCCCAGUUCAUUAUUUCACCGAGACACUGACGCGCUCGCAUUGGCCGGGCACAUUGAAGCGUGUCAGACAAGCCCCACCACCACCACCGGGCACUGUCACGCACCCAGCACUCGGCUCAGUCCGUCAGUGGCUCUCACGCACAGACCACGCCGUGUGUCCGCUCUGCUCCGCUAACAGCACUUGAAGGCUAUACGGGGGAUCUUUGUCUUUUUGUCUACUCUGCGGUGUGAUCACGCAUCAGCUGUCCACCACCCCGCCGCCGUCCGGGUUCUGAACUGCCGAGUUAAGAAACAACAACAAUCACCACCAACCAACACCAAACAAAGAGUUCAAGGAAUUCCCCCAGGUCCUCAAGGGGAAGAAACUAAAACUAUCGGUGGAAUCGCAAUGUUUAGAUAUUGCUAAGAUGUUUACUGAGCGAUCAAGAGCGAUCAACAUGCCUUGUGGGUUGGAGAUGAUGAGUUAAAUAGGGUACUAUAUUUAAAUAAAUAGUACUAUAGUUUAAUAGUGGAGUACUAUCGUAACUUUUGUAACGUAGUGUAAACAUUUUUUUACGUUAAUAAGUAUCAAUAUAAUAACAAAAAUAUACAAGUUAAAAGCAGAGUGAUAGUUAAAUGUGAAUAAUAUAAUCUUUUUUUAAAAGUUACAAUUGUAAUUAGUCGCAGGUGCAAAACUGCCCAACGUACAAAGUAGAAAGUAUUCAAAUCAACAUCGUUUGUUUUUGUUGUUUGUUUAUUUAAAUUCUACGAUAUUAAUAUACUGUAUAAUUAGCACGCAUUUAACCCGAAUAUAAACUUAGCUGCAUUUUCACAAAAUAUAAUACAACUAACUGCAGUGAUAUAUCGUACACAAACAUAGCGCGCAAAUAUAUAAAACCCAACAUUUGAAAUAACAUUCAAAACAACCACCACCAACCACAGCAGCAGCAACAACAACAACAGAAAUAUAAACGAUGGAAUAAAAGCCAGAAUUAAAGAUAGAAACGACGGCGGUCAAUAAUUGCCCGAGGAGAUAAAUAACAGCGGCCUCCAGAGGCCCCCAGAGGCCCUCUCAACGACCCACCAAGAAGUGCCCCAGGCGACCGAACGUCUGGGAGACUGGCAGUCUGAGCACGUGGUGAGCUGGAAGUCGCCACCACUAUCGGCCCCGCCCACUUUUUUGUGACGUCGCCACGCCCAAUGAACCACAAGCACCGCCCACGCGUGUUGUGAGUGGCCUCCUCCUCCCCUCGUUCCUCUCCGCUCCUUCUGCUCGGAGGCUCCAACCGACUCCUCUGCCAGCCCCCUACCUACCACACCGAUCGUCAUCUCUGUUGACUAUUUGCCCCCCACCCCCACCUUCCUGCCCCCCACCCCCCCCCCCCCCCCCCGGCCCCUGUAUCAUGGAUCACGUGUGAAGUCAGCACAUUUAAAAACCACGAACAAAAGCUCAACUUCCACCCAAAAAAAUAUACUCCCCCUCUUCAACCAGCAGAGAGCCUCCCUGCUCCACCUGUCCCACAGCCUUGCCGGGACCCCGCCCCCACCCCAGCCGGCUGAGAUGAAGCUGGCACCGUGGCUCCCGCUGCUGCCGCUGCUGCUGGCGUUGGUGCGGGAGCCCCAGCCGGCGAGCGCCUCGCUGGUCGUCGUGAACCGGGGCCUGGCGGUGGCGAGGGGCGGCCGGGCCCUGCUGACGAGCCAGGAGCUGCGGGUGGAGGAGAUGGCGGCGGCCAGCGGUGACGCGUGCCGCCUGGAGGUGGUGCAGAACGAGCCGAUCACGCAGCGAGCCGGCAAGGUGGCACCGCACGUGUUCAACUGCCGCUGGGCCCCGGGGGAGGUGAGCUACACUCACCACGGCACUCCGCUCCUGGACCACGACCUCGUGCUGCUGCGGCUUUACCGCUUCUCGGACUCGGACACGCAGCUGGAGCUGGUGCACCUGCUCGUGACCGUCUCCGAGCCGGCGCCGGGCACGGCGCUGCUCCUGCCGGGCCCCUCGCCGCUCCGCGUCGCGUCGUUCAUGGGCACGAGCGGCGCCCUCGAUCGCUCCGUCCUGUCGCUGGCGCCCGACGCCGAGAACCCGGCGCGCGGCCGCAGCUGCUGGAUCCGCGUGCCGAGCGAGGAGACCGGCCGGCCGGCGCACGGCCGCCUCGUCGCGCCCCACCGCGACGAGGCGGCCGACGCGGAUUUCGGUCCGGAUCCGGAGGGCGGGCGGGGAGACACGCCGCACUCCUUCGGCGGCGGCGCCGGCGCCGGCGGAGAGUUGGCGCCGCCGUCGCCGGGCAGCGGGAGGUUGAGCGCGGUGGGAGCGGUGCUGGGCAGGGUGCCCUGCGAGCGCUUCCUGAGCCUGGGGCUGCGCUACGAGCACCUGAGCCCGCCGGGCCCCGACGUGGACUACGUUCCCCUCGUGCUGGAGAUCCGGGAGGGCUCACGCGGCCAGCCGCACAAGGUGGAGCACAUGUGGCUGCCCGUGCACAUCGAGGGCGCCGUGCCCAACCAGCCGCCGCACGCCGCCCCCAUGUCGUCCUUCAUCUUGGAGGUGGACCAGUUCAUCCUGACGCCCAUCAGCGUCGCCUCGCUCGACGCCAAGGACGGGGAGACGCCGCGCCACGACCUGGUGUUCAACGUGACCGAGCCGCCCGCCGAGGGCUUCCUCACCCACCUGAGCGACCACACGCGGCCCGUCACCUCCUUCACCUGGAGGGACCUCAACGAGAUGCUCGUCGCGUACCAGCCGCCCAACUCGAGCCACGCCGAGCGACGCACGUACGAGGCGGAGUUCGAGGUUCACGACUCCUACUUCGCUCGGAGCGCCCCGCUGAUGCUCCACAUCUCCAUCCGCAACACGGAGACCAACGCGCCCCGCGUCUCCUGGAACAUGGGUCUGGACCUGCUGGAGGGGCAGUCGCGGGCCAUCACGUGGGACCGCUUCCAGGUGGUGGACAACGACGACUUGGCCGCCGUGCGCAUCCUGGCCGUGGGCGGCCUGCAGCACGGGCGGCUCAGCGUGCGCGGAGCCAAAGGCUUCUCGUUCUCGGUGCGCGACCUGCGCGACGGCGCCGUGCGCUACCACCACGACGGCAGCGACGGGGCCCGCGACCACGUGGCGCUCCGCUUGACGGACGGCCGCCACUCGGCGCGCCACUCCUUCCCCGUGCGCGUGGCGCCCGUCGACGACACGCCGCCGGCGCUCGUCGUCGCGCUGGCGCUCGCCGCGUGCGCCGGCGAGACGGUGCCCGUCUCCCCCGAGGCGCUGCGCGCCAGCGACCCCGACGAGCCGCACGCCGACGGCAGGGUGCUCUUCACCGUGACGGCACCGCCCGCCGCCGGGCGGCUGCUCCGUAAGGACGAGCCGGGCGGCCCCGGGCAGCCCGUGGAGCGGUUCCUCCAAAGGGACCUCUUCGACGGCCUCAUCUUCUACGAGCACCGCGGCGGCAAGGAGCUGCACGACGCCUUCGAGUUCGUGCUGUCGGACACGCACGAGCCUCCCAACGUGUCCGACAAGCAGACCAUGACGGUGCACGUGACGCCGGUGGACAACGAGGUGCCGCGCGAGGUCGCGGGCGGUGCCCGGCGCGCCCUGGCGGUGCGCGAGACGGAGCUGGCGGUGCUGACGCGGGAGAUGCUGCUGUUCAGCGACGCCGACACGCCCCCGCAGGAGCUGCUCUUCGUCCUCGUGCGGCCCUGCCGCUUCGUGGACGGCGCCGGCGGAUCCCUGGACGCUGGGAAGCUCGUGUCAAUGGACAGCAUGACCAAGGCGACGAAAGACGCUUCGGUGGCUGAGAUCCGCUCCUUCACACAGCACGCCGUGAACCACCUGAAGGUGGCGUACAUGCCGCCCAUGGCCGACGUGGGGCCCUGGCCGCGGUCCGUGGAGUUUGCCUUCACCGUCACCGACCGGCACGGCGGCGUGGCCGAGGGUUUCACGUUCAACAUCACUGUGCUGCCCGUGGACAACCAGCCGCCACAGCUGGAGGUGUUCCCCGUGCACGUGGAUGAGGGCGCGUGGUGCGCCCUGGGGGAGGAGGCGCUCUCCGUGUGGGACGCCGACUCGGAGGCGGCGUCGCUGGCGCUGGUCGUGUCGCGCCGCCCACGCCACGGGGAGCUGCUGCUCGACGGCGUCGCGCUGCUCCAGGGCGACCGCUUCACGGCGGCGCACACGCGGGGCCUGCGGCUCACUUAUCAGCACGACGGCUCGGAGACGCUGGAGGACGACGUCGUGAUCACGGCCACCGAUGGCACCAACACUGCAGAAGGAGUCCUUCGCAUUCAGGUCUCCCCCGUCAAUGACGAGUCCCCCCAGCUGCUGGCCGGGCUGCUCCCCGAGCUGCCGUGCCCCGAAGGGGGCGCGGUCCCCGUGACGGUGGCCCACCUGUCGGCGCGCGACGCCGACAGCGUCACGGCGCGCCUCCUCUACCUGGUGGCGCGAGCGCCGUCGCACGGCACGCUCACGCGGGCCGGCGUGCCCACGCUGCGCUUCACGCAGGGGGACGUCGCGCGGGGGCUCGUCGCGUACGCACACACGGGAGGUGAAAUCGGACUGCAUCCCGUCCACGACACGGUGACGCUGGUGCUGUCCGACGCCGAGGCUGGCAGCAGAGCGGACGGCGCCGGCGAUGGCGGCGGUGGCGAUGAUGACGCGGAGGGAGGCGAGCCGCUCCCGCUCCCCGCUCACGACUCGCUGCCCAUCCACGACCUCAACAUCACCGUGACGCCCGUCGACAACGAGCCGCCUUCGCUCGCCGUGGGCGCGGUGCUGCUGGUGGAGGAGGCGGGCCGCGUCCGCGUGUCGGCGGAGCACCUGACGGCGCUGGACCCCGACACGCCGGCCGAGCAGCUGCUGCUCGUGCUCGUGGCGCCGCCGCGCUUCGGCUUCAUGGAGAACACGCGGCCGUCGCCCGGCCACGAGCGCAGCAACGCCGGCAUCAGCGUCGGCUCGUUCUCGCUGCACGACCUGCUGGCGGGCCACGUGAACUACGUGCAGUCGCGCCAUGAGCACGUGGAGCCCACGGGCGACCAGCUGUCGCUGCACGCGACGGACGGCGAGCGGCGCUCGCGCGACCUCGUCCUGCACGUGCUCAUCGCGCCCGCCAACGACGAGCCGCCCGCCCUCGUCGCGCGCAACAUCACGGUGCUGGAGGGACACAGCAGGGAGCUGGGACCGUCGGUCAUCGACGCCGUCGAUCUGGACGUCCCCGCCGACGCCCUCCGCUUCUCCGUGGUGACGGAGCCCCGGCACGGGGUCCUCGUGUGCGGCGCUCGCGGCGCCGACCCCUCGCGGCGGCGCCGGCUGACGGGGACGCAGCAGCACGCCGACGGCGCGGAGAGCCACGCCGACGGCGACGACGCCGUCGGCGUGAUGUCGUCGUUCGGCAUGGAGCAGCUCAAGCAAGGCCUGGUGCUGACGUACGUUCACGACGGCUCGGAGAGCGCCGACGACGCGUUCUCGGUGCGCGUGUGGGACGGGGCGCACGCCGCCACGGCCACCGUCGCCGUGCACGUCCAGCCGGUCAACGACGAGCCGCCGCGCCUUACGCGGAACGCCGGGGCGUGGGUGGAUUGGGGUGAGAGCCGCGUGAUUUCCAGCGCCGAGCUGGACUCGGAGGACGGGGACACGGGACGCGACGGCGUCUCCUUCGUGCUCGCCGGCGCGCCCCGACAGGGCUCGCUGCAGCACAAGUCGGACGGGGGCGAGUGGCGCGAGCUCCUCGCCGGCGCCGCCUUCUCCCAGGAGGACGUGGACGAGAACCGCCUGCGCUACCGGCACCACGCGGUGCCGGCGGCGGCGCUGCACGACUCCUUCCGCUUCACGCUCACCGACGGGGACAACGCUGCCCCCCCUUCCUCCUUCGUCAUCUCCAUCCGCGAUGCGCUCAAGGGUGACAUCGCGGUGCGGACGGGCCGCGUGUCGGUGGCGGCGCGCGACUCCGCGGCGCUGUCGGCCGACGCGCUGCUCGCGAGCGACGCCUCGGGCCGCCCCGACGAGCUGCUGUUCGUGGUGACGGCGCCGCCGGCGCACGGGCGCCUGGAGCUGGCGGCGAGCCCGGGCGUCGGCGCGGGGAGGUUCACGCAGGCGGACGUGGCGGCGGGCGCCGUGCGAUACGUGCACACGGGGCCCGCGGGAGCCUCGCGAGACUCGUUCAGUUUCCUGGUGAGCAACGGCCUGCGCACAAGGCUCGGCUCGCUGGACAUCGACGUGGAGUCCCGGGACGUCCUGCCGCCCACGCUGGAGCGUAACGGUGGCCUGCGCCUCGCCGAGGGGACGCUGGCGGCCAUCACGAGCGCCGCCCUCCGUCUCGCCGACCCCGACACGGCCCCCCAGGACCUCCGCUACGUCGUCACGGAGCCCCCCAGCCACGGCGCCCUGUACCUUCGAGGACAGCUGCUGGCAGUGGACGAAUCGGGCUCGCCGGCGUUCACCCAGCGUGACGUCGACCAAUCGGACGUGGCGUACCGGCACUCGGGAGGGCCCGCUCACCUCGACCACUUCUCCUUCCUGGUUCGCGACCCCACCGACCGGGGCGUCCUAUUGGAGGGACGGCUCACGCCACAGCCAAUCGUCUUCAGCAUUCAGGUGGAGCCCCUGGACCGCGUGGCACCGCGCGUCACGCUGCUCUCUCCUCCGCGCUCCGUCGAGUCGCUCCGGGGCGGCCGCUACGGAAUCCGCAUCACGAUCCGUCACCUCCGCGCCACCGACAACGAGGACGCCGCCGGCAACGACGAGGACAUCACGUUCUCCAUCAUGCGGCCGCCCCUCUACGGAUACCUGGAGAACACCGCCAGCGGUGACUUCAUCCGCGGGAGCUUCUGCCAGCGAGAGCUGAGAGAGAAGCGCGUGAUGUACAUCGUCAACCCCUCGCUGGACGUGACGGAGGACAGCCUGGAGUUCCGCGUGUCCGACAGAGCCGGCAACACGGGGGAGACGCAGACCCUGCAGCUGGAGUGGGCGCGUGUGCAGAUGGCGGAGGUGUCGGUGCGCGUGUGCGAGAACGUCGGCACGCUCGCGGUGAGGUUGCUGCGUAGCGGCUGUGCCCAGGACUCGGCGUUCGUCGGAAUCAAGGUGCGAGGGUUAUCAGCUGUUGUCGGCAAAGACUUCACGCACAGCUCGGCAUCCCUCGUGCAGUUCGAUCCAGGCGUCACUUCCAGAACGUGGAACGUGGCGAUAAAGGACGACGGGCUGCAGGAGGCCACAGAGCGGCUGCGCGUUUAUCUGCACGCGCCCAUCAACGCCGUGCUGGGCGCGCAGGACAGCACGCUCGUCGCGAUAGCCGACGGGACGGCCGGCCGCUGCGACGCAUCGCACGGUGGGGAUUUUGACGACGACGACGGCGGCGGCGACGACGGCGACGGCGACGACGCUGCCGCUCCGCUCACGAUCCGCAUGGAGUCGCUGCAGCCCGGCUACGUGUCGGUGCGCGGUGACGUGCCGGACUUCCACGAGAAGCUGCCCGGUCGUGGCGCCGGCGGUGGAGGAGGAGGCGGAGGAGCGGGGGGAGGAUCGUGGCACGUGCCGGGCCAACUCGACGUGGCGGCCGGGAGACCGGUUGCUGCCGCGCCCCGGCAGACGGCACGGCUGCGCGCCAUCGGCUCGGGCAAAGUGGUGCCUCCAUCCUCCGUCAUCAGGAACAAGACGGACGUCAUGUGGACGUACCACGGCCUCGUGCCGCUGCGUCUGGAGAAGGAAGCGGUUGGCGGCGCGGCGCUAUCGCAGGCGAGCGUGUCGGUGCGGGCCCGCCAGGCUCCCGAGAGCCUCCCUUUCUCGCCCGCUGCCGACCCGGGACAAGAGCCGCCUGUUCAGGCAGACAAACCAGCACCGGCCCCAGGCCCGCAAGACUCCCAGGAACAGGUGUUCCCAGAAUCCACCUUUCCCAAGCAAUGUACCCCGGAACUGAAAGAUCUCAUGCACUUUGACCCGAACAGCAAUCAGCUGUUCAAGUGCGACGGGGUUACAUGGCGCGCCUGGGACCCCAAGCACACGGAGGCAGUGGGCCAGCGGUGUCCGUCGGGGUGGACGCACCACGGGGGACGCUGCUUCCUGCUCGUGGCCUCCGUGUCGGCCAACUGGGCUGAGGCUGAGCGGAGCUGCCGGCAGACUCACGACGGCACCCUCGUGAGCGUGCGGUCCCGGGAGGAGAUGUCCUGGCUCUGGGACUUUGGCAGCCGCCAGCCGUUCUGGAUCGGCCUGAGCGACCGGCAGGAGGAGGGCAGCUGGCAGUGGACCAACGGCGACCCGGUCACCUUCACGAACUGGCGAGGGGGCGGCCGCUCCGACCGCGACACGGCCCCACACGGGGGGGGGGGCGGCGGGCGGCGUCGGAGGCCCCGCGGGGGGGCCCACGGCGGCUGCGUCCUGGCCCAGCAGAGGGGGAAGUGGGCCAGGCGGGGGUGCAGAGGGGGCCCGUCGCUCCCCUACGUGUGCGUCCGAGAAUGAUGCCCUCCCCUUCCCGACGGAAGGCGAGGCAAGGUUGGGCCGUGGGAGGGGGGGGGGGGCGGGGUCGAACGGGGAGGGGAGGUUGGGGGGGGGGGGGCUGGAAGGGGUGGCCACAACGUGAAGUUUCUCUUCCAAGCAGGAAUCUCGACCACGAAACUCCACCGGCAUCAACUCUCCGCCGCUGCCGCCGCCGCGCGUUGCCGUUCGGCGCGAUGCCCCCGCGGCGUUUCGCUUCACGUGUGUGCCCCACGCGCUCGAUCACCGAUCGAUUCGAAGCUCCCCAACGCGUGGACGCGAAACGUCGGACGUCGCGCUCAACGACACGCGGCACGACCCGCAAACAAACCGGAGAGCCGUGCCCCGCAGUGGUUACAGCACCUCUGGCGGUCCACGGUUGGGCGUCGAGGAGGUGCCGUACUCCUGGCUCGCCAGGAUAAGGUGGUACAGCAAGUGUGGACUAAUCGCCAUCUGUUUCCAUCUGUACGAGUCUUGAGCGUUGUUGUCCCCCAAGCUCGCGCGACGCGUGUAGUUUCUCCGGGCGCUCCGGUUUCCUCCCCACGUGACUAAACAAUAAACGCAACUCAUCACAGAUUUGCUGAAAGCAUCUUUACGAAUACAAAUCCAAUGUAGCAGCAGCGGAAGCACCCUCCUGAUAAAGAGUCCUGCGACUCAGCGUGGCUCUCCUGAAUAAUUAAGCAAGAUGGAGUAUGACUAUACUUCACCACGCUGGUCAGUGCGGGUUGGUGAAGGUGGAGGAGUUGGGGGGGGGGGUGGGGGUUGGUGGUGUUCCCAGGACCGGUUCCGAUGUCACUCGAUGUUAGCGGUAGACGGGAAUCAAACCGAGCGCCAAUCGCUGCACCACCACUCCCCGCUGCGAUGAACUCCUUCCAUACUCUUUGGUUCUUUCGGUAAAGUCACGUAGGUAAAAAAAUAAAGUUAAUCAAAUCACGACGUUUCGGAGCAACACAAGCUUCCGUCAUCGGGUGGGAUAGUCACAGUAAGAAGUAAUUUGCUGUAGUGGACGAAAUUACUUCUUGCUGUGACUAUCCCACCCGAUGACGGAGGCUUGUGUUACUUCCCGAAACGUCGUGAUUUGAUUAACUUUAUUUUAUUUUUACCUACGUGACUUUACCGAAAGAACCAAAGAGUAUGGAUCGUUUUCAGUCACGAAAACUUCAAAUCUAGAAUUAACUCCUUCCAAUUCUGAUGACAAACGUGUACGUCGGCAGUUUUUCGCGUGCGUCAUCGGAACGGAAUCGGAAGUGAAAGGCCACGCGGCAGGGCUGCGUGUGGCACAGUUUGGCGCCAGCUGUCAUUGAGCGCCGCGGUCGUGUUGCCACGGUUCUCUGCGGCGAGUAACAACGUCUUUAAAAACAGCGGCGCCGCUACGCCUCCCCAAAUAAAAUUAACGCUGAGUCGCUUGCGCGUUCUGAGAUUCAGCGGUGAACGUCGGGACCCCCACUGCCCGGCCCCCGCCCCCACCCUGCAACUUGCAGACGUCUCGGAGCGGCGUUCUCGCACGAGACGUGCCGAUGGGAACGUGUUCGGCGCGCCGUUUGAAACGGCAGCAAAAACACCACCGCUCGCCCCGUAAGAAGAGAUCAUUCGUUUGGAUCGCAUUUUUUGCCUCGAAGCUCAGACGGAACCGUGCUCUGCUCGCUCCCGUCGUCGUAAACUCCUCCCGUAGCCUAACCUAGCGUGGUGUUGCGCACGUGUUUUGUAACGAAACGAGAGUUAUAUUUUUUAAAAAGCAGUAUUUGUUGCCAGUGUAUAUUCACGGGACGUGUUUCUCGACGUAUGUGUGCGGUUACCGUACGUCUGCGUUCCCACCGCAUUGUGUAAUAAAUCGACUCCAACUAUG